GCUGCUGCCGCAAUGGCAAACAAUGCAGAACUUUUCAUGGUGAUGGUGAAGUCAGACAGCAAGCACAUGACAGAGUCGCAGAAGCAGCUCUUCAAGAAGCAUGGAGUGAAGCUGCUCGACGUGGAUUGGGACACGCCGCCGAACAUGAAGGGCUACAAGGAGGGUGGAUGGUGCGGGCACCAGGACUUCAUUCGCCUGCACGUGCUCGGCAUGGAGGGCUACGAUGCAGUGGCGUACUAUGACACCGACAUCGAGUUCCAGGGCGACAUCACCCCUGUGCUUCGCUGCGCCGCCUCCGGGAAGUUCCUCUCUACCAACGGAGGUGUCGGAGAGCCUUUGAAUGUGGGAUUCUUCGCCUUGAAGCCAGACAAGCGAUUGUUCCAGGCUUCCUUGAAUUUCGCGAAAGAGGCCGACUUUUCCCACGAACACUCUUGGGGCAACAUGGGAUGGAAGCCUGCUGGCGGGUACUUCAUUGGUGGAGAGUGUGGCCAAGGCUUCUGGUAUGCUCUCUUCUACAAGUCUGGGGGCCUGGCUCAGAAGGCUCUGGAAUCCGUCGGCCUCUCGUCCGUGGAUUCCGCGCAGAUUGACCGAUGCAUCUGGAAUUACCAGACGAGCUUCCAGUGUGCCAAAGACCUCGACUGCAACCGGGUGCGAGUUCAUCAUAAGCCCACCC